AUGUACCAGUAUGAUCAGAUACCUUACUCGCUAGUAUCAACCACACCAAAACCUAGUGGAGAGACUCAAGAAGUACAUCACGCUGCUGUGACUCCUGAAUCAAGAUUAGGAACCAUUUUAGCCAGAACCCUCCGACUUGAAAAAAUUAUUGGGACCGGAGCGUACGGAGUAGUAUAUGCAGCGGUAGACAUCAACAGUAAUGCUCCAUAUGCAGUCAAGGCCCUGAACAAAACUACGUCUGAUGGACGGCCCUUGGACGAUCGUCAGCGUCGAUUCCAAAUAAGAGAGAUUGAGCUACAUCAUGCUGCUUCAGUUCAUUCAAAUGUAGUCUCCAUGUACAAAAUAGUGGACCUUCCAGAUUGCACCUAUGUUGUACUUGAAUACUGUCCAGAUGGCGACUUAUUCUCUAAUAUUACGGAACGAGGCAGAUAUAUAAAUAACGAUGACCUCAUACGGGACGCAUUUACUCAGAUUCUGGACGCCGUGGAACAUUGUCACUCCCUAGGAAUUUAUCAUCGUGAUCUGAAGCCCGAAAAUAUUCUCGUUUCCAAUGAAGGCAGAAAGCUUAUGCUUGCGGACUUUGGACUGGCCACUAGAGACACAGUCUCAGAGGAUCAUGGAUGCGGCUCAACCUUCUACAUGAGUCCAGAAUGUCUGGACCAGAAUAAUAAUAUAUCUUACCGUUGUGCCCCGAACGAUAUCUGGUCUCUGGGUGUUGUUCUUCUGAACCUCGCUUGCGGCAGGAAUCCAUGGAAACAAGCGUCUGCACAAGAUUCCACGUAUCGGGCAUUCUCCGCCGAUCCAAGGUUUCUUCAAACAAUACUACCAAUAUCAGAUGAACUAAACGAGAUCCUUAUGUGUGUUUUUAAGCAUAAUCCACUAGAUCGAACAAACUUGAGGUCCCUCAGGAUAAUGGUGAAGUACUGUCCCAAAUUUACUGGACCUUUAAAGCAGAAAUCAGUUCCGCUUUCGCUAGGACUAAAAUGUGUGGAUAACGCUCACGAAACUAAAAGAGAGAAAGGUGUUCAGCUAUUAAUUAAUCUUCCUAAAUGGCAAUCUCCAAAUAACCUCGGAAAUGAAACCCCAAGGACACGCUACAAACUAGAACAAAAUAUUCUUAUUGAAGAACGGAGAAUUAACGAGGAGUACGAAAGUUGUAGCAGUCCAGAUAUUUUACCAUUACCAACUUUAAGCCCUGGAUUGACAGUGUCACCAACUGAUAUACAAGUAUUAACCCCAAAUCCCAGGCUUGAAUUACCAAACAUAUCCGGUGUUACUGGAGAAAACGAUAAAUGUGAACAUACGGAAUGCUAUGUUUCUACACAUCCCUCGACUGACAAGAUACCCUACUCGAGUGAUUUCGGGCAUUGCAGACAACCUCUAGAUAUUCAAAUUAAUAACUAUGAGCGAUGUAUCCCUCCUAAUACAGUCAGCUUCGCAAGCCCCUACCUCGAUUACCCUCACCAAUACUAUCAAGAAAACUUCCAAUGUGCCGGAACCAAGGGAUAUGAGUACAUCGGCUCGUGUGAAAGGUCAGAUUUUCUCUACACCAACCUACUCACAAACCCAUAUCUGCAACAUGGAGCCUACCAGUACAAAUUUUCACCUUCUGGUGAAGUAUUCUAA